AUGAAAACCCACGCGCUCCCGGAACCAAAACUCCCGCAAACCCGCAGGACCCCGUUCACCGUGGAGGACAUCCUGGACCCGGGGAAGUUUACCGGGAAAGGAACGGACUCAGGGGCUCUGGACGUGAGGCACGAGGCUCCAGAUGAGGAGGGCCACAACCCCCCGGAUCCCCCGGGGUCACCUCCCGUUAGCGGGCGUGGCCCCGCCCCCCCCGUUAGCGGGCGUGGCCCCGCCCCCCCCGUUAGCGGGCGGCGGCGGCGGCGUACGGCGUUCACGGCGGAGCAGCUCCGGUUUCUGGAGCUAACCUUCGGCGGGCGCCAUUACCUGUCGGCGGCAGAACGGCGAGCAAUGGCCGCCGCCCUGAAGCUGACCGAGACCCAGGUCAAGGUCUGGUUCCAGAACCGCCGCACCAAGAGGAGGAAGGCGCUAAUGGAGGGGAGGGAGGAGGAGGAAGAUAGGCCUCCGCCUCCGUCCUUCAUCCCUAUCUGCUGCACCAACAUCUGGAGGCCCAUCCAGAUGUUUACGCCGCUGCCAUUUGCGCCUUUCCUUCUGCACACGUGA